GGUUAAUGGCCUAAAUUUCUAAAUUAUCAUUUUGAUUAAGGAUUUCAAGUGUAGGCUAUUCCGAAUGGUUAAAAAACCCUGUCCAUCGGAAAUGCACGAUGCAGAAUUUCAGAAUAAGUUACAAAUGCAUGUUUAUCUAAAAGAUAUAGGCCUACGGAGAACCCUGAUCUGCCAAUGGGGUUUGAGUUUACAUGAGGGUAUCCAACUAGUUUGUAUGGCAUAACUGUAUUGGUUGUCAGUGGAGUGAAGGGCACCUCUGGAGACAGCGGAUUCAGCACCAUGGACCGAACACCCAGCGGUUGGCUACCCGCACAUCCACAGACAAUACAGUCUCUUGCGCUACGAUUGCGAGAGCGACAUAGCAGAAACAGCAGCCUACAGCGUGGACCAAUAGGAUGGCUGCAUAUCAGGUUCACAGCCAACCCGAGUAUCCGCAGAUGCCUGCAUCAAAGCGUCGAGAUUUUUGCUGGGUUGCUUAAGGAUAAGCCCUCUAUUUUUAGAAUCUAUAGUAUACAUUUUAUCGUUUUAUUUUCAAUGUUUAAAUCUUCAUUUUCUUCUUUCUCGACUUUCCCUACGGCGUGUUUGAGAGAAACACCCCCCUCUGUCUGCUUCGUCGCGAGGACUGCGAUAACAACCGUGCUAUUGAUUUUUGCUCUUCAAUGGAAUACAUUUGUACUCUAAUAGCGAGUGUUGGCAAUACAUUUCGCAUCUGCUGUGUGCCGGUAUUGCCCUCUAUGAGAAAGAGACUAUUCCAUUACUCUUAGCUGAAGAUUGAGACACCACACAUAGACACAACAAGAACCGGGAAACGUUCAUCCAUAGAGCGUUCAGUUCCAUAGCGCCUUGUCUUGCUCCCGCUUAGAUACCCCAGGACCGUGGACAGCGCUUGUGCCAGUGGCCGCAGCUCGGUGUGAAAAACAACUAUUAGGCCUAUCGGUUAAUCACAAUCAUAACAUGAUACUCAAGAAUUGACUACAAGUCAAGAUUACAAGCCGUGGUUCUAUAUGGAUUAAACCAGAAGACUCUACUGAUUUGAAGGUACCAUUUCCCCUCUCAGAGAACAAGCAUCUUUGGUUCUUCCCAUUAAAAUCACUUUUGUCAGAUCCCUCAGAGAAGAGAACCAACACUCCAUCCAUAGCUCUCUACCCCAGAGGAACCAUGGGUACUGUACUGUCCCUCUCCCCCAGCUACCGGAAAGCGGCCCUGUUCGAGGAUGGCCCGGCCACUGUGGGCCAUUACACGGCCGUCCAGAACAGCAAGAAUUCCAAGGACGCCAAGAGCCUCAAGCGCCAGUCCCUCAUCAGCGUGUUGCCAUGGAAACGCAUUGUGGCGGUAUCGGCCAAACGGAAAGGUUCCAAAAAGCUCCCAACCGACGACGGGCAGAAGGUCAGCACUGAGCACACCAUCACCAACAGCCAGAAGCUGAAGAAGUCCCAGUCCUGCGCCAACUUGUCCUCUUUCACCACGCAGGAACCCACCAUAGCUCCCACCAUCCCCACCUCCAAGACCGUCUCCAACGUGGCCGCAGCCACCAAGAAGAACUCGCUGACCGGUUCCACUGGGGGCCAGGCAACGAACGCGGGCACGCCCAAGCGGGUGAUCGUCCAGGCCUCCACCAGCGAGCUAAUGCGUAGUUUGGGUGAGUUCCUGUGCCGGCGCUGCUACCGGCUGAAGCGCCUGUCGCCCACCGACCCGGUGCUGUGGCUGCGAAGCGUGGACCGCUCCCUCCUCCUCCAGGGCUGGCAGGACCAGGGCUUCAUCACCCCGGCCAACGUGGUCUUCCUUUACAUGCUGUGCCGCGAUGUGGUCUCCUCCGAGGUGGCCAGCGAGCGGGAGCUGCAAGCCUCUCUGCUCACCUGCCUCUACCUGUCCUACUCCUAUAUGGGCAACGAGAUCUCCUACCCGCUCAAGCCCUUCCUGGUGGAGGCUGAGAAGGAGGCCUUUUGGGACCGCUGCCUGGAAAUCAUCAACCGCAUGAGUGGCAAGAUGCUGCAGAUCAACUCUGACCCGCACUAUUUCACCCAGGUGUUCGCCGACCUCAAAAACGAGAGCAAGAAGGAGGAAGAGAAGACAAGGUUGUUGAUAGGCCUUGACCGAUAAGAGGAACCGUGGGAAGAUGGUAAAGGGAGGAUCAGGGGAGAAGUGGGACGGGUGGGAUGUGGAUAGGGUCAGGGUGACUCGCACGACUACAAAAAGAACACACGUGUUGUCUGGUGUUCCCAUCUUGUAUUAGUAGGAAAUUGAUUUAGCUGGAGGCCCAUAAUGGCUAAUCAGGAGGCUCUGGUGUCAUAUAUCAAGUUAACAAGGCCAAUGUUUGGGCAUUAUAGUACUUACAGAUAAUCACACAGAUAAAAUUACUGAUAACCUUUAUGUUGAGUGAACAGUAAAACACUGCCUUCAGGACAUUUGAUAACAGAGAUGCAGCUUGGUCUAGGGCUGGACACAUAUUACAUAUUACUUCAACAGCAGCCAAACCUGACAAGAUUACAUUGAUAGAAAAUGAUGACCCCUCACAAACCCAAAACAGGUAAUCAAAUGUCAGUGACUUGAGUAAAAAGAAGAAUGGCUGAGUAAAAGACAGAUACAUUUUAUGUGUCCAGAUUCAGAGUCAAGAGGAUCACUUUAGGGACUUCAGAAAGCUGUGAGGCCACUGCAUCUCUUUCCCCCUCUCGAAGCUGCAUCGGCAUCCUUACUGACCCUAAAUAUUAACACAGACAGUGGAAACACCAGACAACUUCACUGUAGUAGUCUGCUCGUGUACUGUACAUACUUAGGGGGAGGGGGAGGGGGGGGGGUGAAUAAACUAUAAGAGAGUCAUUAAAGCAACCAAAAGCAGAGCUAAGGAGAGGAUCCGUAUGGAUUCACCAAGGCAACGUGGGGGGCACAAGAAACAUCAUGAUUCCACUACGCAUGUGAUCACGUCCCAUGUCAUCACGUGUCCUCUCAAGACCUCACGUCUUCACACGUUCUCUCAAGUCUUCCCACGUCCUCAUUUCCUAAUGUCCUCCACACAAUCACCAAUUGCCAAUGCCCCCUACCUCACCACCAACAAUAGCCUGCCCAAGUAUACCCCCACAACAUUGCACUUCCUCCCACAACAAGCAUGCCUGGUUUUAUUUCACCAUUUACAGAUAAGAGUGGAACAUUGCCAAAUCUCAUCCUCCACCACAGUCCUGAUUUGUGUUUUGGUGUGGAGAGGAGACUAGAAAGUGAUAUGGAAUGCCAGUAGAACACACUGCUGAGUUGAUUGACUUACAAAACAACACUAGUCGAGAACUACAGGAGGCUAUAAUUGUGGCACUUCAUGUGAUGUGUCCACCUGCUUGGUUUCCAUUGAGGACAGAACAAAAUGGAUUCUCCAUUCAGUCAUCACCCUUAAAGAGACGCUUCCCUCCCCACCGAUGGUUAUUUAUGUAACGACUUGUGUUGACAUGCAUGUGUGCUUCUAUGGGUUCCUAGCAUGCUGCUUUGUGUUCGCACACCACGGCUACGUCCUAAGUGGCGCCUCAUUUCCUAUGUAAUGGGCUUCUCUGGCCAAAAGUAGUGCACUACAUAGGGAAUGGCAUGCCAUUUGGGACAUACCCCCACAUUAUUUUAGACUGAGAGCAGUAUGCUGCAAUGCUGCCCUUAAAUAAUUAUGAUAUUAUGAUUACUGAUUCAGUCUUCAUUUUGAUGAAAACCCACCUCCUGCAAGGUUGGGAUUUCGAGAGUCCUGUGUCAUAUCGCUCUGAAGAUUAGGAUUUAUAAUAACAACAACCCAAGUCUUGGAUCAUCAUGCAGAACAAGAAAGACUUCUUCACGCAAUCAUCCUAUACAUUUCAUUCGUUACUAUUAUAUUAUUGUGUAUGUAUGUUGGAGUUGACAGAGCCAGUGACUUGUGUUCUACCAAUGUAACUCAGCGGCCACAUGUAACAAGAGAAAUAGGAAUUAUCUGUCCAUUGCAGAAUCUCCACUGACUUGGCUAUGUAGCUCUCAAUUUAAACUGCCAUUGAUAUUAUCGACGGUCUCAAACCUAAUGAAAAAUCUGCAUAUGAAAAUCAGAUUGCAGAGUCAGCGUACUUGUUCAUCCUGUAUGAUAUGUUUGGGAUGGAUUGGACGGAAGGUAGCUGAUGUAUAACUUUCAGAUAAAAUUGGAAUUAUAAUUAUCAAGACAUUUUCUUUGCUGUUGCUGUUCAACUCAGCGAAGGGCAAGUUGCAAAGAACAGAGGGAAGGAAACAAAUGUUUGGAAUGGAACACCCAGCCUGUUUGGAAUGGAACACCCAGCCUGUUUGGAAUGGAACACCCAGCCUGUUUGGAAUGGAACACCCAGCCUGUUUGGAAUGGAACACCCAGCCUGUUUGGAAUGGAACACCCAGUCUGUUUGGAAUGGAACACCCAGUCUGUUUGGAAUGGAACACCCAGUCUGUUUGGAAUGGAACACCCAGCCUGUUUUGAAUGGAACACCCAGCCUGUUUGGAAUAGAACACCCAGCCUGUUUGGAAUAGAACAUCCGCCCUGUUUGGAAUAGAACAUCCGUCCUGUAUGGAAUGGAACACCCAGCCGGUUUGGAAUGGAACACUCAGCCUGUUUGGAAUGGAACACAUCCUGGGACUCUAUGGAACUCUAUGGAGAGGGGGGAAGUUCACCCUGUAUCCUCUUCUUUCUUUGACUAAGUCAUAACUAUGUGCCAUGUUUUCACUUGCAACACAAACAAGACAACACAUUUGUACAAUACAAAGUUAAUGGGGUUAUUUCAUUUCCCUCCCCUUUUCAUUUGUGAAUCAUAUUGUGUGCAACAUUGUUGAACAAUUCAAGUCAAAAUAGUGUUAUUGGAGUAAAGAUGAGGCAAUCUGUGACUAAUGUAUGUGGAUGUAUGACUAUGUAUGUGAGUGAGACUUUAUAUUAAAAAAAAUACAUUUGCAAGCCUU